ACAUGGUUAUUAUUAUUAUUAUUAUUAUUAUUAUUAUUAUUAUUAAAGCAUAAUAAAUCGUUGCUACACAGCGAACAUUUAUAACAUAAUAUUUUAAUUAAAAUAAUCUUUGUAAUCUUCCACACAUCCCCCAUGAGGAAAAUAAUCACUGAACCAAAGUUGGAGGGGUGUUCCCAGGGUAAAUAUGUAUGCUUUUCUGAAAUCAAAUAACUAUAAAAAUACGUAUCACGUGGUUAAAAUGAAUAAUAAACAAAGGAAUUGGAAACAAUACAGGAUGUGUCAAAGAAUGCUUCUAAAAGAUUUUAUUAUAAACUCCAAGCUGUAAGGAGAUUUAGGGCAGAGUCCAGCGACCAUUUCCCAUAUGCAAACAAACCCUGUUUAUUUUUUAUUAACUACCUCGGUUUUGCUCAGCCCCCCAUUCAUUUCGGUCUCGCGCAGGAUAAAUUUCAGCCUUAAUCCUCUAGUAAUACCUGUAUAGGAAAUGUGAAGCAUCCCGGAAGUUAUCCUAUACGACUUCCUGUUGGGGUGUUCUGUAAAGUUUUACAGAUUAACCAUCAGGGAUUAAUGGGUUAAUAACUAUGACUUUGUCUUUUAGGGAAUUAAUUACUGUGGAGACUUUGCCUCUUAAAACUGGAAAGCUGUCUUAAAAUAAAUUGUCGGAUAGUAUCUUAAUCUUGGAUCUUCCGCAAUACUGUUGGGUUCUGAGCUUGCUUAUUUUUAAGGCAUUUGGAAUCUGAGGUUUGUUUCACUUUAUUAUAUUCAUUUUCUUUAGAUAAUCAUAUAUUGUCCUUCAACAUCAAAGUAUUCGAAGAGACACUAUGCCACAUUCCCGAAUUUGAUUAAUAACAUUUAAUACGUUUACUUUUCCUUCCGAUAAAUAGCGCCUUUUGUUUAGUCGAUUGCAAAUCCUCUCACAUUUAGGAGGGAUUGUCCACUUACUUCAGGAUCCUCUUAAAUUAAGAAGAUAACUAAAGUUAAGAGUCUUAACGGUGUCUUCACAGAGGCUUUGCAAUGCAGUGGCAAUUAACUGCUUCUUACUCAUUAAUACAUUGCUCGGUCAAAUGGCUGAGAGGAAUCGAAUAUUCGAUUGGCUGACAGAUUUAAUUUCUAAAACUUUGUCGCAAGAGUGUUAGGGCAUGCACCUCCUUUGAAUUUAUGCGUGUGUGUUUGGGGAUCAUUCCUCAUUCGAAUUAUUGGUGCAGAAUAUAUUCGGCAACAAUAAAGAACGAACCAGGCCGGAUUAAAGAUGACAGUAAAAUAAAUAAAUAAAUCAUGUUGAUUUUAAAUGGAAGGGGUUUAUCUCAGCAGUUAGGAUAAUGGUACAGUUGGAAGGAAAAAUUAUGAAACCAUUCAAAGUACACACAUGCAGACUGCAGAAGCACCUGAGCUCCAGUCCUUCCUUUUUUUUAUAACUCUCCUGUUCAACAUUUAGCGGAUUAAAUUGAAAUUAGCGUCAAUCGAUUCUAUAUGAAGAACAGUUCCCCCCGCCUUGUUGCACGAUGGUGGAAAAGAGCGAUUCACUGCAGAACCUCCAUGAAUUAGAACCACGUAGUUGGCUACCAGCUAAUUUAUUUGUGCACAGAUCCUAAACAUGCUGACUAUCAAAAGCAAGCCCCGCUGAAAAGAGUGAGAUUCGUUUACAAUAAAGCCUGUUCAGGAUCCGGGAUAUAAAGUCCUGUUAAAGGUCAAUAAGACUGUUGUUUUAAGUGUAAAUAUUUAGAACCAGGGGUGACAAGUUGCUGUCUUACCCUAGUUGCUUGGGCGUAAGUUUCGGACUGAGUCCAAACCCAAGUGGUUAGGAUGGAAGUUUAAACUGAGUUACUGAGUUGUAAAUUGGGUUGUCCCUAAUUUGGAGUAAGAGGUUUAAGCAGGUUGCGGUCCUCCUGUUUAAAGGUACACCCGAUCCUAAGCAAGAGGGUAUUUCUACAUCCAAAAUGCAUUUCUUGAGAGGUGCGUCACAUAGAAAUGGUUGGUUUCCAUAUAGCUCCAUUCGGAUAUCAAAUCCCAAAUGGGUUGAAAUGCAAAAGGUGUGUAUUUGCAUUUCAAGGUGUGUAUUUGCGUGCGUACUCUCCCAUAAAGCAAUACAGGUUAAUUGUAACGAACUCUUGAGGCUUUUUUUUUUGCUUGGUAUUUAUGAAAGAUCCCUAUAAAUGGACUACAUUUUAAGCGUAACUUGGGCGAUCCGUCUCUAGGCUUCUCUAAUUACUACAGUUAUCUCUGAAGCGCAGUCAUCCCCGCUCCAGGUUUGUGUAAUAAUAAGGGAGGGGGAACGUGAGUGGGUAACAACUCCGUUUGUUUUCAGAAGGUUAAAAUCAUCUCGGUAUGAACGUUCAUGGCUCACACAAGCACACGCUUCCUUUGCUCCCAGUACAGAUCCCUGUGUAUCCUACCGUUUAAGAGUCAAUUUGCCACCAUAGCCCAGCCCUCUAGGAAGAGCCGUCAGGGAUCAAGAAUCCGAGCGAACAAGGGGAUAAGCUGCUAUUGGACGAAGUUCAAAACCCGUUGGUGGCGAAAAUGAGAGCGAGAGGUUAUUUCCACAAGUCCGCCCCUCCCCCCCAAGACAAUCCAUGUAAUGAGUUAUUAAUAGAAAUAAUUUAAUACCAAUUGACUUUUCGAUAGACUUCCAAUGACAUGCCUCUGUCAAGUGCAGCCUGCUCUACAGCACACCGUAUAUGUAUGUAUGUAUGUAUGUAUGCAUGCAUGCAUGUAUGUAUGUAUGUAUGUAUGUAUAUUGUUCACCGUCUAUUCUACAGGGUGUGUGUAGACAGACACCUACGGGCCUGGAAAGCUCAAGCCUUCACAAUCCAUUACAUUCUUGAAGCUAGACCUUUGAUGAGUUAGGGCAGGGUAACACCUCUGGUGGCUUCAAAGAUAGAGUUUCUUUCAAAUAAAUUUCCUUUCUGAAUUACUUUAACUCGGAGAGGGGAGGGGGAAUAUAUGACAUAAGCGUAGGUGACAUUCAACUGCACCUUUGCUCGUGAUGGGAAAAGGCACAGGGAUUUAGGAACAUGUACAUGUGCUUCUUUCCCUCCCCCCUUCUCCUUUUGAAUCCCCAUAUCCUUUCUCUGUAUUGUGUUUUAUUAAGUGGUCGUUGUUUCUUUUCUUUUUCCCCGUGUGUGUGUGUGUGUGUGUGUGUGGAUAGAUCCUAUUAAUGUGUGAGGAAAGUGUGUUUACAUUUUAAUUUGGAAUGAAAAAAGUUUUGGUCCCGAAGUUAAAAAAAGGGGCACAUCAACUGAAUAAUAAUUUAUGCAUGUGUUCAUUUAAAGCAUAUCUAGAUGCACGAAUAAACAGACUAAAGUGACGUGCACAUAUUCGUAAAUUCAUCUGUCUAUCUAUCUGCACACACGCGCGCAUAUGUCCUCGCACAUUUCUCUUUUGAAUAAGCAUCUACUGGCAAAAGAGCAACUUACAAAGAGACUGAAAAAGUCGCAGGCGCUACAGAGAGGAAAGCCUGCAUUAAAAUUCCUUGCCGUGGCAUUUCCCCCACCCCUCCAAAGUAAUGACCUGGGUAAAAUUCAAUAUGACCGAGAGAACUAUGCAAGCGUAUUAUAGAAAAUGCAAGAGGGAGAGCCCCGGAGUGGGGUGAAACUCAGGUCAGCGCGUCUAACAAAUAUUAAAAUGUUGGAGGCGCUGGGGACACGCCUAGCUGUUUAACAAAGACUGACAAAGUAUGGAGAUUAAUACGAAAACUUGCGGGUAUCCGAACCGAAAACGCUCAGUUAGGCCUACGGCUCCCUGCAAGCUGGUAGCCAGCUAUUCCGUAGGCUUUAAAAGGCAAUCGCAGUGGGAGGGGUAGGAAAGGAAAAGGAAGAGAUUUCCUAUCGUGGGGAAAAAAAAUCUUUUUCAUGGAGGAAGGAGAGAUACGACGCAAGGAUCCAGUUUUCCGCAAACCUCCGCAGACCUUCUGUUGGGAAAAAAAAGAGUACCCAGGAGCCUCGAAUCUUUCAAGAUUUCUUCAAGAGAAAAUAUAUAUCUAUAUAUUAAUAUAUAUAGAUAUAUAUAUACACACACACCCCUCUGUAUACAUAUACUUAUUCAAACACACACACACACAUACAAAGUUGAACUUUUUUUUUUUACUUUUUACUUUUUUAAAAUGGAAGACUCUACUUCAGACAUGAGCACCACCUUUAACCGCCUGGAGAAAAGAUGUGGGAAGCUAAAAAGGUAAACAAACAAACAAACAUUGUGUGUGUGUUUCCUAAGGCUCGGCUUGUUCUUUUGAAAUUAUAUAUUGCUUCGCUUUUAGGGAUGGAGGGGGCGGGGACAACAUCAAAUGCCUUCUGCUCUUAAAAACGUGCCCUGGGAAGCCCGAAUCUAUGCAUCACGUUUACUCGAAGUAAAUCCCUCUGAAUUAAAUGGUCUUACCCCCAAGUAAGUGUCCAUAGGGCUGCAGCCUUAGAUGAGUUUGCAGCCUUAAGAGGAAGCCCUUCCUGGUUGUUGUUGUUGUUGUUUAAAAAAAACCGGAGUUGAGAGAGAGAGAGAGAGAGAGAGAGAGAGAAAGAAAGAAAGAAAGAAAGAAAGAAAGAAAGAAAGAAAGAAAGAAAGAAAGAAAGGAGAAGAGUGCUAAUAAGAGAUGUUUUAAAGGAAUUUGAAUGGUUUGCUUUUUAAAUGUGUUUUUUAACAGCUGGGCUUUUGUGAAUAAUGUUUGUUUAUUUUAUAAUGACAAUGUGGGUGAGGUGGGGCAGGAGACUGGGUGCUAUAAUAAAAUAGGUGCCUGUUCGAAAAGGGCGUCCUGCCUUCAUUUCUCCGUGGGUUUGGAGUAGCUGGGAACCCUUACGCUGUUGUUCUAGAACUCUUUAUCCCAGGGGAUGUUGUAAGGAUAAUGCAAUGUUACAUAUUCCAUAACUGCAGAUAAUACAGAGGAGGCGUGGCUACUUAAUUUCUGAUUUUAAAAUAUUGCCUUUGGUAUUUAUGCGCGGGUUUUUGAAGGUUCGCCAGCAGAGGUGUGAGUGAAGAGGUUGUCUGUGCGUCCGUCCAUGAUCUAUCCAUCUGCAUUUCAGGGGGGGGGGAGGUUUAUAUUAGAAGAAAUGGAGUUAAGAUCUGACCCUGGCGAGCUGCGGAGUGAGGAUGGAGUUCAUCCAAGGGACACGUUUUCUAAGCGAUUAGCCUGGUAUUGCAGCUACAGAAUGACCCCUCAGAACCCCUUGACCUUUUCAAGACUGGACAUUGUGCUCGGUGGCAUUGCUCUCACGGAAACAGGGGCGGGCUAAAGCAAACUCCGGAGGCAAACGUGAAAACGAGGGCAAUACAGAGAACCAACGGGCCUCCGGCUCCCUUAGUCUAUCGCUUUUCCUUUUUUGUGUGUGGGCGCCUGGCUUUUUUUUCUCCUCCUCCAGUCCGGUUAUCUUGUCGGAGGCUAUGGCUUUUUGUUGUUGCUCAUUCCCUAGCUUUCUUUAGGGCGCACAGUUCAGCAGGUAGUUCUCCUGCGCAAUCCUCCUCGAAAUGAAUGGGAGAUGGCCUAAAUUUUGGCCGGUUUGAUGGCUUGGCUUUGAGGCUGCAAUCCCAUACACGCCUAACCUGAGAGUUGGUCCCCUUUGACUUGCUUCUGAGUAGGCAUGCAUAGGAUUGCAUUGUCAUUGUGCAGUCCCCCAUACUUUUGGUCUAUUGGGUUUUCGUUUUAAAUAGGUGUAAUGCCUGUGUCCCAAAGUACAGUGGCUAUUAUUAUUUCUAUCACAGUCUUCAUCAGUGGUGGCUGUUGCGGUAGUAUAGCAGCCUAGCCACCUUUUUCUGCUUUUUCACCUUCUUCCCUGGAAGAACAAUGAGCAGUAUGCUGAUAUAUGUGGUGUUCAGAUUAAUUUCUGGGUCACUGGUGCCUAGAUUUGCUCGGUGAGACCCAGAUUUGCUGAAAAAGGGAACCUACAUGCACACCAUAGAGCUAUGUAUGUGUAAAGCAUGCACACACUAAUAACUAUGCAUUUGUUAAGGGUUAUGGGAACUGCGACUUUGUGAGUGGAAAACUACGGUUCCCAUGAUUCUUUGGGGAUGUCAUGUGAUUUAAAUGUGCUUUAAAUGUGUGGCAUGCAUGCAACGGAAAUGUGGGGUGACUAGGCCAUGAAUUUGACACUCCUCCUUUCAUCUUGUUUCUCAUCUUCACCCCCUUCCUCACAUUCUUUCUACCUUUUAUUUAACGCAAGCUAAUGUCAUAACAGCAGUUAGUAACGCUCACUGGUAGAUGGGUUCAAAGGCUCUAAGAAAAAGCAAGGAGCCCUUUACAAAAGGUGUCAGUGAUGGGUUCCUUGAUAAACAAGUUUAUUUAUUGGACUGGAGUAAAGCACCUUAAGGCUGUAAUCCUACAUGCCACUUACCUGUGAGUAAAUCCCAUUUAGUUCAAUGGAGCUUGCUUCUGAGAAGACAUGCAUAAACCCACACUGUUAUUCUGUUAAAAUGGCUGCCUUGACCUUCUUUUGUCUUCCUUUGGGUAUUAGGCUUCUAUCUCCCCUCCCCACCCCACCCCUUCUCCUGAUAAAUUUCAAGUCUUAUAUCAAGCAUUUCUUGUAAUGAUUUUCUAGAGAUCUUAGAUCACCAUACAGUACAUUGUUGAGUAGUCAGGCCCACUAGACUUCUUCAAAUUGAAAAUGCAGUGUUAUGAUGAUGUUUUCUUUACAGCGACGUGGAGAGGACCCUGACUUUACAAGGAAAUUAAAUUUUGUGCUCAGGAGCAACUUUUCCUUCAUGUUACCCUGUUGUAAAUUUAUCAGUAGACCCAUUUAUACCACACCACCUGCAGCCUUCUAUAAGGCUGAGUGAGGACAUGAACCACAAAGUGGUUCAGAGACUGAAUAUUUUCCCCAAAAUGUGGACAUUUCAUCUUCAUCUGCAGCUCAGUUAAAACCUGAGUACCUGCAUCUAAAGUGAAGCCAGUGGCACAAACUGGGCCUCAAUAUACCCUAAGUGGUUUGUGGACCAGUCUGUCUGGGCUCACCAGAAGGAGAUCUCUGUCACCCUUUGCAAAAUGUUUACUUAUGGUUGUGCAGUUGGACUGUUAUUUAAAUACCAACUACCAAGGGUGCUGGGUGGUGGCUGUUGUAGCAAGAUCCCACCCUAGAGGUCCCAGGUUUCCAUAUGCAAAGCGGUAUAGGUGGUAAGCACUGCAAUGAAGUCUCCAUCCUAAUAGCACAAGGUGGGCAGCUAUUUCCUGAGCUCCCCAUCCCAGACUAGUUAUAUCUAUAUUAUUAAUAUAUUAUUUUGGUGGAACGUAAAAGGAAGAACUAUUGGUGUUAGACAACUGCAUAAGGAGACCUUGUUUGUAUGUACAGUAUGUAUGUAGGUGUCUGCUUCUUUCUCGUGGUUCAUAUUCUUUGUACUGGCGCAACAUAGAUUUGUAUUUAACAACAAAUGCGCACAGCAGUACACGUGUGAAAACGCCACCUGCAGUUGUGUGGUCUGAAAGCAACUGAGCCUACUGGGUGCCCUGUAUCCUAGGAAGCCUUCCCUAGACGCAGAUAGGGUGAGGCUGUGAUUUUUUUAUUUAGUGGCUAGGCCAAGGCAGUCUGCACAUGCUCUGAGACUCUCUACCUUCCCCCCCUUCUUUAUUCUACAUAUGGUUAUUACUUCGUAUUAUUUCCACUAUUAUCAGGACAUGUGCAUAUAAACCCUGUCUUUAUCUCCUUAGCUCCCUUUUCUUCUGUGUGUUCCUUUGUCUACACACAAGUCGCUCGCGCGCGGGCGCAAACACCCACACACACACCGGAUCUAUGUUACAAUCCUGCUACCUUUCCCUUUGGAAACGUCCCUUUCAAUGACAGAGAAAGAGGCGUGGAUCUUAGCUAGCCAGGGGAGCGGAGUUUGGGAGCUUUCUCAGUUUGAUCGGUAGCACCCUGGCAGAUUUAUGAUCCCCAAUAAAACCGGCGUGUUUAAAUUCGUAAAUCAAUCUGCCUUUCCCACUAUAUAAACGUUCAUUUUAUCUUGAGAGAGAGAGAAAAACCCCGCUCGGUUUCUCGCACCUACCAGGGCGAGGAGAGGCGCUUCCUUUCCUUUGAACUAUAGAAGACAGAAACAUCUUUUUAAAUCAAAGUUGUUCUUUUUUAACAAAAAGGGGGGGAGGGAAGGAGGGAGAAGCAGACGGAUUUUUGUUUCCUUUGCAACCCAAGGAUUAUAGACAUGUUUUCUUUUCUGCUCACUUUUCUUCUUCUUAAGAAAUAUAUAUUUUUAUUGAUAUUUCUUUGCCUCUCUUUUAAUAUCUCCGAGCAAUCCGUGAGGUUUAAAAACUCGAAAUAUUAUUCUGGCUCUCUCUCGAUUUUUCGCUCCUCUGUAUUUUUUUUUAAUCAGUUGUUUAAGAGGUCCAAAAAAGCCCAACUUUUUAUUAUUAUUUAGCAAGAUCUCCUCAUGGCUGUGAACACUUGCAGUCAACUUCUCUUCUUUCCCUUUUAUCGCCUCGCUGGCUUCGAACUAUUGCAAGAUUUGUCCCAAACACCUUUCUUCUACGAAAGCAGGCCCCACUGAUGGCAGUGGGAUUUCCUCCCAGUAUUUAGAAUGGGAUGCAACUGAAAAAUUAGUGGGAUUUGCUGGGGAGUUAUGUUAGAGCGAAACCAAGGAGCCCUUUCUUGGAAGCAUGUUCGAACGAAAGUCAGAAUGACUUGCGAUGUUCCCAUCGAACAAACCCAUUGAUUCGCUUGGCAAAAGGGUCCCGACUGAUUUAUCCCGGAAGAUCGCAGCUUUUACUUGUAAGCAAAGGCGUUUGGGAUCGAACCGCGUUAGUUUUCUGCCGUUACGCUUCCACCCCAGAAUACUGCGAUUAAGAUUUGGGGUGGGAAACAUUAGCCGUGCUGAGAAUUCUGCAUUUUUUGAUUUGAUUAUUUUUUUAAACACACACACACACAAUACACCUGGCUUCUUUUUUCUCAUUUUUUAAAAAAAGAAAAAGCUUUGCACUCGUAUCACCGGUUUCAUGCAGUUAACGCUACAUCUGUUCCUACCGUAGGGUGUGAACAAACCUACCCACCACAAUCCUUUUGUUCUACAAACCCCACGGUCAGAAAGACCUGGAAUUACAUGUUGUCGAUCUCUCAUUUAUUCCUAUCUAAAAUGUUUUGCUCCUGCUCAUAAUUGCUGUGAGGUUUAUACUUGUCGAAAGCGUUCAGAACAGGGAAGAGAUCCCAGUUGUCGAAGUGCCAUCAAUAUGUGCAUCUCUCUCUCUCUCUCUCUUUCUCUGAGAAAAAGGCAAGCAUUCAGCUCCUAGCCCAGCCCGACCACCUCCAUCCAUCCCUCCACUGCCAUUGUUUGAUUUGAUGUUACCGUCUGUUUAAGACGCUGCCUCACAGGCCCUUAUCAGUUCUAUUGUUUAGUGGAGGGAGGUCGAUGUUUCUUUAUUACCUGAAAAAGUAAGAGCGGGCCGAGCACUCUUUUCGGCCAUAGCUGCACAGACUCCUCAGCUAUCCGCCCUUUUACUUCCUACUUCUACAUGUUAAAAAAAUUGAUUGGACACGUUUGCACAAGCGCAUGCUACCGUAGUAUGCUUUGCAGUCUUAUCGUCUGGUGCAAGUUCCUUACCCAGAGUCUUCAGAUUAAAGGAGGCUCUGUAGCUCUUCGCUUCCAUCACCAACACCAACAUCCCGGCAGCUCAUCUUAAACUCUAAAUCUGUCUCACAGCUUCUAUUAGAAUUAUUAUUAACAUUGUGGUGGUGGUCCUCGGGCCCUUUGCACUAAACAGAGGCAAUAAUCCCAACGCUACGGAGCAUGUUUAUUAUAGUCCCAUAUAUGUAUAAAGAAAGGUGGAGGAAGAGAAUUUAAUAGACUGAGAAGGCUAAAGAGAUGGAAAGGUGGUGAGCCAGAAGAAAGAUGCUGGGGGCUGGGAAAUGAACAAGGAAGCAAGGAAGGAUCCACCUGGAAAGAUGACGGUACCCAAUAUUUUACAGAAUGACUGUAAUCUCUGUAAAUAAUCUGAAAUGAAGAAAGUUGCCCACUCCGAUACAGUACAGCACAUGCAUUGCUCCUACUGCUUAAACAUAUGGAUAUAUAUAUUUGUUUGUAACACGUGGUUUCAUAAUGUUAUACUCUCCGCACACAUUCAAGCAAGUUGGAUCUACCUGUGUGUUUGUGUGUGUAUAUACUGAAUAUGUACACAUGCACGCACAAGCUUGAGUGUGUGUAAAGCAUGAGAGAGAGCUUGUGUGGUGCGAUAUGUGUGUGUUAUGUGUGUGUAUGAGCACACACGGUGCUGAUGUUCCAGCGGAAGGUCACAACGGCCCUCACUGUGCAUAGGAAACAGAGAGAAAGAAAAAGAUAACCCCCUACCCCACGCUCCCCAAGUCACGUGAUUCAUUAAAUAAUUAAUGCAGAGGUUGCAGAAUAGAUAUGUAUUCGUCAGGAAAAUCGCAGACAUGGUCUCCUUGUGUCUGACGUGAAAUUCAACUGUCCUUAAAAAAAAAGCGCUCUCUCUCGCUCUCUCUCAUGCACAGACACACAUACACACACUCUCUCUCAUAAGCCUAUGGGGGGGGAGAGAAAGAGGGAAAGAGAGUGUGUGUGCAAGAGUAUCUGAGAGAGAGAGAGAGAGAGAGAGAGAGAGAGAGAGAGAGAGAGAGAGAGAGAGAGAGAGAGAGACUGAGUCUGAGUGAGAGAGGGCUGCAAUAAAACAUUUCUCAGGAAGCAAGAAACCACGCCGAGGGCUGGACUUAUUGUAAGUAGCGGGAGAUCCCGUCUUGCCUCCCAGUCUGUAUGUCCAUGUAAAUUUAUUGUUUGUUAUUAAUGUUAUUGUCGUAAAAUGUGACAAAUAGCCAUCUUCAUUUUCUCCCAUUUCUCUUCACCCCGUGGUGGUGUGUAUAUUUAUACCCAUCCAGGCAUUCCACAUAUAUAUAUAUAUAUUCACACACACACACACACACACACAACACACACACACACUUUUCUCUUUUUCUCUCCUCAAACCGUUUCUCUCUCUCUCUCUCUCUCUUCCUCUCUCUCUCCUUCUCCCCCCUUGAUUUAUUACAAUAAACAUGUCAGCCCCAGCAGCAGCAACAGACCUUCUCCGAUUGUAUGUGUGUGCGUCUUUGGGAGAGAGAGUUGUGUUGUUUAUGGCACCAUCCGAGAUAAAUCAUUUCUCAAACGAAAAUGAUGUGUGAUCUUUCAGAACUCUCUCUCUCCCUCUCUCCCUCUCUCCCUCUCUCCCUCUCUCUCUCCCUCUCUCUCUCCCUCUCUCCCUAGAGUUGAUUAUUUCAGACGAUUUACUGUAAUUGAUCAAAACCUAAUGUGAAAACUGUAUAGCUGGGGGUCUUAAAUUAAAGCAUCUGUGAUUACCAAUUAAGGAGAGAUUUGUAUAAAUUUUGGGCAAUCCUGGAACCAGAAAAACGUCAGAGUCGCGGCUAGGAGUUUUUUGUUUGUUUGUUUUGAGACCGGGAGAUUCUAUUCCAGAACCUAAAAAAAAACACCAAGCAGCAGUAGGAACUAUGGAGAGUUCUUGUAUAGGUGACUGUCUCGUGAGGUGUUUGUUCCAGGAUGAAGGGCACAAUCCACCGGGAGAUUUUCUUGCCCGUGCUCUUCCGCAGCUCCCCUUAACGGGGCACACGACGCAGAACUUCCCUGUGGAUAUUGCCUAAAGCCAUAUUUCACGUGUGGGAAAUCCAGGCGAUAGGCGUAUAGUGUUGUUCAUGUUGAUUAAAAAUAAACGAAUGAAUGGAUGAAUAAAGUAGUCACCUCUUCAGCGAAGGACAUUGGAAGACAGACUGAGAUGUUAAAUUUGCCUAUGUCUGAAGUGUACCAAGAAACGCACUCAGUUGAGACGAUUGGUUCCGAGUUGAGUGAAAGGAGGUCUGUGUGUGUUUUGUUUUGUUUAAGUUUCUCAUUUGAGGCUGCAGUAGAACAAUAGGCGUCACUUCUCAAACCUGUGGUAGAUACCCAAUGAUGACAGAACAAUAGGACACCCAGCAGGAACUCUGUUUGGGGGGGGGCUCCCCUCUACCCCCACCGCAAGUCUAGUUAUGUACUUAUCUGAAACAGGAAUGCUAUUAUUAUUUAAGGAUUUUCGCUUGCUUCUGAAUUUUGUUUCGCUUUCUUGCUCGUUGGAGAUAGGUGAUACUGUGGAUAGCAAAUAGCACGUUUUGUGGAUUCCAUAAUAAGGAAAGGAUUCCCAUCAUAAAGUGGGCUUUAUGGGUAGCAGAGGCACUUUAUAAACUGGCUUAGUAAGCUCACAGGAAAGUAGAAGGUGGCUGGCUGGAUGAGUAGACAGACAUAUUUCCUGUGGGGAACGCUUGGUAAUUUUGUAUAUCAAGCGGCAUUUUAUUGACGUUGUCACGGUCUUAUUCAGCAUGUAAGCUUUUGUGCUACACUUAACCUAUUGAGGCUUGUGUGUGUGUUAUUUUGUGCUUGGAGGCAAUGUGACACUCGGUUGUAAGAGGCGGGGUGGAGGAAGGUGGAGGCGCAGAGCCGCAGGUCCUCAAGAAAUUCAGGGGCUGCAAAAUUCGCCACUAGUGGAUGGUGCAGCUCUUGAAAUAACCGGUCGUGGUAGUCUUUGGCAGCUGGUUGAGGAAGGGAAGGCGCUGAAGGUUAAAGAUGCCGUGUAAGGCAAGGAGAGCUUCGGGGCGAAGGGCGCCAAGGGUUGUCCUUUGUGAAAUACAAAAGGUCUCAGAAGUUGGGGGCGGGAAUGUCCAGUUCAAGCUAGGAAUCGGCAGUCCCCCAGUCCUAGCUGCAUCGAGAAAGUGAGCCGCUUCAAAGAGCUGGAAGGUGAAAGUCAGGCUGGGCGAUUCUUCAGUUAGAAACAAUAGCACAACUUGCAAUGGGCAGGGAGCGCACGGAACUGACAGGCAAGUCCAAGGGAAGAUGGAAAACUCAGGAUACUUAGCUGAAGAUCCCCCUACCCGUUGUCUCCUUUGCUAACCAGCGGAGUUUCUAACACCGCCCCGAGUGCUGCUGUUUUACCCUGUCUGCUAGUGUAAACCUUUAUGUAGUGCAAUUAGACCAACAUGGUGAUUUUCAUUAAAUAUGAAUGGUGACAAGGAGGGGGCAUCGAAGAGCCCAGGGGGAAAACCAAGAGUUCCUUCCUUCCUUCCUUCCUUCCUUCCUUCCUUCCUUCCUUCCUUCCUUCCUUCCUUCCUUCCUUGAUAUUUUAAUCAAGAGACACUUCCCUUUCCUUUGCAUAUAUGGGUUUGGACGGAUGGUUUUUAUCCAUCCAAACACAUAUAGAAGGAAAGAUGGAAGGAUGGAAGAAGGAUGGGUGGAAGGAAGGAAGGAAGGAAAAAAAGGAAGGAAGGAAACUAGAAAGGGGGAAGAGAGUUGGGGAGGGAUACACGAAGGAGAAAAGAAAGGUGGGGAUAUAUCCGAGUUGUUUUUAGAAAUUCACAUAAUACUGUACCCUAAACAUGUGGCCGUGGCAUUAUUAAUACCCUCUCCCCUGUUAAAUCAUCCUGGCCCAGAUUCCAUCGUGAUACGGGUUCUGCAGGGGGGAACCCCCAGCAUCCAAGCCCUCCUCUCCUCUUUGCUUCUGAAAGGGGCUCUUGGAUGUUGGUGGGUGGGAUUAGAGAGGUGGGAUGGGGAGGCAAUGCGCGGUAAACAGGAUGGCUCCCUUUCUGGACACAAACUUCCCAAGUCCUUGCGGGGGAAACUCUGGGUCUGGACCUCGCAGGAACACAAAUGGUGGUGGUGUCAAAAAGGCUUCCGCAGGCCAGGGAAAUAGGAAUGAUUUUAGCAGUACGGUACCCCUAAGCACAUAGAGUUAUAUGCAUGCAACCAAGUUCUACUGAUAGCAGACCUACUGAAAUCAGCAGACCGACGUUGGCUGUUAAUUGCAGUGGCUCUACUCUGAGUAGGAUUAACAUCGAAUAUUUGGCUUUUUAAGGAAUGCCUUCUAAAUUGCUUUCAAAUGAAGAUGGUCUCGAUCCAGGGAAGGGGUCCUAUGGGGGCUCUGGCGUAGCUCUUGUUUGUUUCAAUGGGGCUGGAGAGCUUCUCGUUGGACUGUGCCAACUAGAAACUCGAUACAGCUGUGUUUGUCAUAAGUGAAUGUGCGAGAGGUGCUGAAAACGUCCAGCGCCUGACACAAUGUGAGAUAAUACAAGGACGACAACAGCAGCCGCAGCAACACCACUAGUCGCGGUCCGGACAUUCCUUUUACCUUUCUAUUCUUUCGUUGUGAUUCUUCAAACCAGUCAAAUACUUCUUUCUCUAUCCUUCUCCUUGUCUAGUCCUUCCCUUCUUUCCUUUGUAUCAUCGUUUCCUUCCGAUGCUCCCCUGCACAUCGACCUUACACUCUCUCCGUUGCUUCCCUUCCCCAAAGAAGACCACAUCAGUUUCCCCCUAGCCUAGAUCUUUGUGUUUGCUGAAGACCCAGCUUCAUUAAAUCAUAACACAUUUCCCCAUUUGUGUUCAUUAUCGGUCUAUUCAUCGAUCGAGGUAAUAUAAUAACUUUGCUGCCGGGGUACUUUUAUACAAGCUGUUUCAGAAUGUGCAAAAAAAAAAUCGUUGCACUUUUCGUUUUGUGUUCUGUGCAUAUUUCUUUAUUAACACGGUUGAUCUCCAAUAUAUCAGAAGAUUAGCAAUAUUGCUGCGGAUGAUAAACGUAGGAAUGAGAUAAAUAAUAUUUCAAACGCUCUCUAAUAUAUUGAUUGUUCCUCCCACACACACACUUCCAAAUUGCUUCUGCUACUUAGUUGCAAGUUUCUUUUCCUGUCAUCUUCUCGUCAGAAUUCAAAUCUAUUCACUAAACGGGAGUUUCCUUUCUUAUAUAUUUCCCUCACAAGUGCUUUGUCCACAGAGAAAUCUGUGGUGGUGAAAUUCAUCGUGAUGCUCAACGAGCACCAUUGAAACGAAUGGAGAACUCUUGAAUGCCACCAUUAAAACUAAUGGGACUUCUUGAAUGGGUCUUGAGUCCGCAGGAGAACUUCCUUAUUGAUCAACAGCAACCAAGUGAAUAGUGCUAAUACAAUGGAAAGCUUUUGUUUUUUUUUAAUAGAAAAAAGUAUAGUUUGCUUUAUAUGAUUUCUGGCUCCACAUCGCCUUUAAAUUCCAGUUGUACCCAUGAAGGCAAACUCACUCCUGGAUUUUGCCAAUCCAGAACUCAGCUUCCUAAAUUCUAUAUCUGUUUUAUCUGGACACAAUUCUCACCAGUAUCGAUUGCAUUUUUGUGCAGUAACCAUACUUGGGAUCUUAGCCUUAUGUGCAGUUCCCAGCAUUUUUAAAAUCAACUGAUGAAUGAGCCUUAAUUUUAUUUAUAUCCUGCAUGCAUCUGUUUUCCUAAGCUCAAAGUAAGUUGCAGCACCAUUCCUUCCCUCCCACAAUCUUCCAAACCAUGAAUCAACACUACGGAUAUAUAUUAUAAAUGAAGCAACAACAGUAAAUUGAAAUCGAAAUAUCAACUAACCAACCCCCCCCAGUUCCAGGUUUCACCCUAACAGCUGAUGUGGUGUAGUGGUUAGAGUAGCGGAAUGAGAAAAGCGCAGAUCCAGGUUCAAAUCUCUACUUAAGUCUACUGAACGGUCUCCCUCUCAGUUUACCUACCUCAUAGGGUUGUGUGGAUGAGAGGGGAGAACCUUGGAGGCCACAGCAAGGAGCUCUUAGGAAGAGCGAGACAGACAUAUAGAUAAAUAUUCGCUACUUAGGGCUACUCCACUUCCGCUUUAUUUUUUUAGCCAUUGACUUCUGUGGGUAACUUCAUACUGGUUUACUGAACUCCAGAAGAAUCGGGUUGCUAAGAGCAAGUAUCAGUAAUCCGAUGACACCUAGUCUAACUGGCAGAAAACCUGGGGGGAACAAUGAGAGAAAUUCCAGCGUCCACUGCCCAAGAGAGAAAACAUUCAAAAAACCCUGUGGCACCUUAAAGGCUAAACAGAGAGCUGGGGAAUCUGUGGCCCCCCAGAUGUUGUUGGGACUCCAACUCCCAACAGCCCCAGACAGCGUGGCCAAUAGUCAGAGAUGAUGGGAGCUGUAGUCCAGCAACAUCUGGACGUUCCCUACUCCUGACCUAGCACACUGGUUAUAUCAAAUGUUUUCGUGGAGUACAGUCCACGAAAAUGCCAUAAUACAUAUGCUUUCUUAGAAUAACUAUGGUACUCUUUGUUCCAACUAACAUGUCUGCCCCUGUGGAAUAGCAUAAGGCUUCAGCCCUGUAGACCCUUACCUGGGAACAAGUCCUAUUGGACUUACUCCUGAGUAGACAUGCCUAGGAUUAUACUGCUAGUGGAGGGAAUGUUGUAUUACCGAUACAUUGCCAAUACAAUGUGCACUCCAAUAAACAGUACGCAAAAGGUUCCUUUGCUGUGAACUGCCAAAGAUUUUGUCUCCGUGUACCACUAAUCGGUUUAUCCCGAGUGAUCAUUUUUACAAAGGGUUAUAAAAUUUUAAGGCGAAAGGCUCUGUUCUCGUAAAUUUAAUUCUUGGAGGUUUUAAUCAAGUCAAGUCAAAGGGAUAUUGGAACGGUGGGUCCCUUAAGGCCAUAUUUUCCAACCCUGAGGCUCAUUGUGUAAACAACCCCAUUCUACCUCCCUAACAGACCGACUCACACAUAACAGAAGGAGGGAGCCCUACAGCAUAGCGGAGAGACCAGGUUCUCUAAUGCCAAAGGCGCGAGCGGGAACAAAGGAGAGGAGGGUGGAGUUCACGCAUGACGCUGAAAGCUCCCCGGAAACUCUCACGCUAUUUGUAUCCACGAGGGGAUGUUGCUAACGCGAGCUAGAAAAGGGAAGAGUCACGCUAGCUCGCGAAAGCAUGCCGAUAAAGUUCCCGUUCUGCAAAUCAGUACCCCUGAAAUAACCCGUGCAGCCCGAUUUUAAAAUGCAUUUAUACCCCGCUAGUUAACUAUAUGGGUAUAUUUUGGGUGUAACAUUGGACUUACUUCGAAGUAAAUCUGUUUAGUAUUGGGCCACCAGAUUGAUUAACUUGGAGCGCAGUGGCGACUUUACUUUCAGCGCAAUGGAGUGGAGUGUGUGUUGAUUUACUAUCCAUAAAGGACCUUACAUCCAAGUAGGGCUACAUAAAUUUCAUGACUAAAGUUAGGCCAACCAGCAGAUCUGACAUCUGGAAUAUACACAGCCCUCCAUGUAAGCGAACCCCAUUCAUUUAAGUGGAGCAGACUGCCACGCAAUGAAUAUAAUAACAUCGGUGUAAUGCAGAAUAUAACAGUAUACAGCUAUGUACCAUUCAUAAAUUCAUUGGGAGUGAGCCAACAGGAAGUUCUCCUGCGCAAAUUCAACUGAAAUGAAAAUAAAUGAAUUUUUCAAGUAACGUCAGGUUCAGGUACUGGAAGGGAGGGGAGAUUACUUUGCCUCAUAUAAUGCUCUCGUGAUAAAUAUGAUUGAGUCAUUACAUUUAUAAUGUUAUAAGCAGAACAAAUUUUGUGUGCUUUGGAUUACAUUAAUCAUAUGCAUUUAGGGGUGCUGUGGUGUUAGAAAAAAAGUGAAUGGGGUAGCAAGUUGGAGCAGUGGCUGCAAUGCUAAAAUCUGCUGUGUACAAUCCGCUGGGAAGGUCUCCUGAGCACCUCUCCUUGAGAUGAAGGCCUCCCAUUCAUUUCAAUGAGAUUUGGCAAGAGAACUUCCCCCUGUAUUUCCCUCCACUGGACAUUAGAAUUGGGGUGCACACUGAAAUCAAUUGAGGAAUUGAUUGCUGGAAAUUGAAAUCAAUGGAAUUUACUUUCGGGUAAUGUUAUGUGGGUCUCCUUGACGAAUUUGCUAUUUAAAAGAAAAAAGGGCAGUUGGUUAAAAUAAUGCAGGCGUUCAUCCUAUUUUCGAUAACUCUGGAGAUAAAAAUGUCACAGACGUUAAAAAAAAUACUGCUUCUGCAACGUGUCCACUUUCAGCAGGGAUUACUGAAAGCAAAACGAGGCGGGGUGGAGAAGGAAAGAGAGGAAAUACGUUGAUUGCUAGACUUUUUCAGGGGGACCACAAGCGCUUAGAAUCAGUGUUUCGUUCACCUCCCUCUGCUUCAUUGUUGAAGAAAGGCAAAUAGUAAGAAAGUGUUGAUGUCUGGCGGGGAAUUAUCAAAUGUAAACGCUUGCUAAAACGUUGCAAUACUAACCCAUGCCGUAGGACGAAGCCAAUCCCAUUGAACAACAUGGGGCUCCCUUCCGAAUAAACAUUUCCAGGACCAUAACUGGAUAGACAUGUGCGCGCACAAUCCCAGCGCGUACCCGCACACGCGUUCUGGAGCGUAAAACUGGCCCUUUAUAAAAGGAGAAUAUUAUUUCAUGUCAUAUUGUGGGGGUGCAUUUCUUUUUUAAUUAAAAAAAACAAAAAACUUCGGCUAUUGGCUAUUUCCAGGGGGUCAGAAAACUCCGGGAGACAUGUUGAAAGGGCAGAUCAGCCAGGCAUGAAUGAAAAAGGGACCAUGUUCACACCGGAUGGAUUCCAAAAAUGGACGCAAUGUGGGAAUCACUAGCACAGGAAAAACCGAAGGCUAAGGCGGCCUAGCUUUACCAAAAAGGGCUCGUUCUUUGUUAAAAGGCCAGUGUCCCCGAGAGCUUGGUUUCCAGACAGGAUCCAGCGCCAGCUGCAGGCAACUGUAGAUAGCGUGGGAUGAGGAGGGGGAGGCCGGCCUCCAGAUUCCACGUGAAUUUAUUCCUUUGUUCCUGGCUCUGCUACCACCCAAAGGCUACCGAUCUCAAACGACUUUCAGAGCAAAAGCCAGCAAUUCCCGGCAAAUAUUUGCCAGGUCGCGGUGCCAGGUAGAAAGGGAGGGAGAAUUACAUAUAAUAGCGGGACGGGCAGACAUCUAGGAUAUAGACGAUAAAACAGGGAAUGAUGGAAAGGGUGAAAAGUGAACACACCAGUAAGGGUUGAGUUGGGUUACUUGUAGAAAAGGAACGGGGGCGGGGGGAAUACGAGGAAUAUAAUGGAUUAAUGGAUGGGAUUAAAACUGGAGGAAGGCAUAUCACGUUUGGCAAAAAUCUAAGGACAGGGAUAAAGAUGCAUGGGUGGAUAGACGGAGAUUUUGCUAAAGACCACGUUAAAAUGUCAUGCAAGGCCGUUCCCAUUCGCAAUGACCUUUUCUCAGUUCCUUACCUUUCCGUGUUUAAGCAUAAACCCGUAGCGAUUUGCUAUUUAAAACAGCCAAUAGUAACAACCUUUUAUUUGAACCCCCUUGGUUUUUAUUUUAUGUAUAUUUUAUUUUAACAAAGAGAGAUAUCUCAGUUAGCCUUUGCUCUUUUUGGAUCCUUUUUUCCCCGCGUGAGAGACUGCUGAGGAAGAGGGGGGGGGAGGACAUAUGGAAUCAAUUUCGUAUCCUGACGUUGAGAACCAGCCAAUUCCUGUUGGUCUUUUAAAACCAGAAUCCAUUUGGUCCCUCUCUAUCUGGCACCUCUUGUCAGUCAGUAGGAUCCCCCCUCUUGCAACAUUUUUAAGUCUUUAUAAAGAGAAACAGCCUUGCUUAGAAACGAGAGAGGCUUUCCUCCUCCUUUUCGGAGGUGGAGGGGGGGGGUGGCAGAGGGAGAGAGCAUUGUUGUCCCAUGAAAAAGUAUUCCGUGUCUUCGUCUUGCUGCAGAAUAUUUUUAUUUUAUUAUUAUUUUUGCUCUCCCUUUGUGUCUCGAAAACCAUUGUAUUUUUCCUUCUGUCAAGUUGGAAUCCAAUAGAGCCUCCCCCCCCCGUUCCUAAAAAAAAAUCAAAAAAUCAAAGCUUCCUUGCGGUGGAAAAACCGACCCCCCAAAAAAGCCUCAAGACAAACCUUAGCAGCAAAAUCUACAAAGCUACAGUCAAGUAGUUCUUCUCUUUCUCUCUGUCUCCUUCUCCCAAAUUGGCUUCCUUCGAGUUCCUCUGAACCUCGUGAGCCGCCUUCGAUCUUCCUGCUGAAGUCGUUUGGUUGAGAAUCGCUGCAGGUAAGAGGGAUUAAUAAAAAUAAAAAUAAAAAAAUAAAUUACAAGACAGAUCAAAACAAAUCCCAAACCACUAUACAACUUCGUCUGAUCCUAGCAUAGGAAAUUCCGGGGGCCGUUGAGAUUUAAUUAAUAGCUCUGACAAAGCUUGGGAAGACGUCCAUUGGUCCGCUGGAGUUCUAGCUUGAAGCACAGCCCCCCCCCUCCCCAAAACAUUACCACCACUCUCGGAAACUAGUCCUGUAGCUUGACCAGAAAAGGCUGGGAUAUAGUAAACAAAUAAUAUUAAUGAUCUCAUGAUAAUGGUUGGAUACUGGGAGUCCAAUGCAAAUAAAAUAAGGGGGAGGCAGGUUGCUUCUUCCAAACCUGAUGUUUGGACCAAAUAGGUCCCCCCCUCCGCACUUCCCGCCCCUCCCAGGCCACAUUUGUUAAAGGUUUAACGCCUCUGGGUUGUUUGAAAGGGAAAACUACAAACGCUUCUUUAAGGGAGGGGAAGCCUGGUGUUAAACAGAGAGAUGUGAUUUAUGGUGUUGAGAAAGUUGUGUUUGUUUGAGGUGGCUCCUGUCACGACCAGCCUUUUCCUAGAAGACCAAAUCUGUAUCCCUUCCCUUUUCUACCUCUCCCCCCUCCCUCCCCCGUUUCUUUUAUGUUUGUGAGUUGUAGUUAACAAAUAUCUUACCGGAGUGUGAAGCAAGCAGUGUUAAGUCUCCACAGAGCCAGCAAUGUAAAACGAAGCUUGCGGUUUUACCUUGUAGGGGACCCCCUUAGUCUUUCAGAGACUGAGGCAUCUUACAAGCUUGUUUGUCCUCGCAGUCAUAUGUAGCUACGGUAUGCACACAUUGUUUGGCCUUUGCAAAAUCCGGGGGUGCACCCUUAACCUGGACUCAUACCCCACCGAACACAAUGAGGCUGCAGUCCUAUACUCACUAAACAGGGAGUAACCUCCAUUGAACUCAGUGGGACUUGCUUCUGAGUAGACAUGUAUAAGAUUGCACUGUGGGGUUUAUCUCAGAGGAACAAUGCAUAGAAUCGGGCUAUCUGAUUGCAAUCCUAUUGGACAGAGGAGUGAGUCCAACCGAACUCAAGGCAGUUGCUUCCAGGUAAACAUGGACGGUUUGGACUAUUUUAUUCUUUCCAGAGUUUCAUGGUAAAUAAUGCAGUCCACAUUCUCUAGAAAUAAAGGGCAAAUUUCUUUUACACUUGAAUGGCUGUACUUCUUUUUGUGUUUUUUUUGUUUUUAAAUGUUUUUAAUGCUCUUAGACCAAAGGAGGGAAGGGACUCUUCCAUCAAAUUCCUUCCUUUCUUCUUUCCUUGUUCCUUACAAUUGAAUCUGACAUAAGAAUUCUUCUUAUGUUAGGAAGCCAGGGCUUUUUCAUUCUGCUGAGUCUUCGGGAAGCAGAGGUUACAGUCAAACUUACACACCAAAAAAAUUAAAAGGGGGGGAUGGUGAAAUAGAUAAAGCCACUAUUGCUGACAGUACAAAUAUGUUCUGAGUUCAGGAUGGCGAUGUUAAUAACUCAGUUCCUGGGACCAUACCCCAGCUAUAAACGUACACUUUUUUUUUAUUAAAAACAAACAAAACACCACCCCAAUGUCUAAUAUUUCCUCCGGCAAAGUAAUGCCAUAUUGGAAGAGAGCAAGAACUCUGCUCUCUGAGCGCCUCCCUUCCCUGAAAAUUGCUUUGCAUUAAAUUUCCUCAGCUCCAGAAUCAUCUUCCUUACUAGCCUCCAGCUAAACUUGAUUAAAAAAAACAACUGCUUGAUGCGUUGACAGAUGAAAUCCAAGAGGAAACCACAAGGCCCUUAAGUGACCCUAAUUUAAUCGAUUUUAUCAUAAAUCAUCAACUUGAUGAAGAACCAAAGUUUUCACUGAAGGAAAUUGAUAUUAAUGGAGUGGCUGCUUCUUUAAUUCAGAUGUUGUUUUCUACCAGUUCGAAAACAAACUCAGUUGGCAUUCUCUGGGCAACUUCUAUGGGAAUCAUGUUGGGUUGCUGUUGUUAUUUUAAUUAUCUUAAUUAGGACAGUUUAGGUAGCAACGUGCCAAAGAACCACAAGGAGCCUCUUGGACUUCAGCAAGGUUCCAUUACAGCAUUGAGGGUCUAUCUAGACCAGGCAUCCCCAAACUUCGGCCCUCCAGAUGUUUUGGACUACAAUUCCCAUCUUCCCCGACCACUGGUCCUGUUAGCUAGGGAUAAUGGGAGUUGUAGGCCUAAACAUCUGGAGGGCCACAGUUUGGGGAUGCCUGAUCUAGACUGUGGUCAGAUUUUAAUGAAUGCAGCACCAAACACCAAACCACUUGCCUCCGAUAACCCACCAGAUCUUUGUCUUCACAAAGAGCAAGGAUGCUGGUCCACUAUCAGCUAUUCAUCAUGCUACCUACCUAUUUGGGAAUUGGAGAGCGAACGAGAGAGAGAGAAGGCCUUUUGGCCCAUGGUUUAUAAUAUAAUGAUUGAGAAUUUCCAAAACGCAUUUUUGAAUGUGUCAAGUCCUUGCGUUUACAAGUAGAUCUGCAAGCACGUCCCCAUCCCAAUAAAUGACUUAAAACCAAAGCUCCAAGUCAUGCCCCACAAUACUGCUUUUGAGGGCCUGUUAAACAUUGGCCGCUUUCACAAUUCUUCAUCUUGCAAUUAAAAAUUAACUCUAGGCUUCAGCUCUAUGCCCGUCUGUUAUGGAUGCCUAGGUCCCAAUUAGCCUUUAGGUAUGCUGAUGAAUGCCAUAGAUCAAAGAGCCUUGGAGGGUUUCAGUAAAGCAGGAAACGGGACAAGGAAACGGAUGGUUAAUAUGUGAAACCUAAUAUAUCUAAGGGUGGAUGAAGAAAACGCAACAGAAUGGCAUUCCCAAUCCUACACGCCUCUACGUGGAAUCAAGUCCCACUAACUGUAGUGCAACUUAGCUCCAUGGAGAUGGCUAGCAUCCCCAAAUAGAGACGGGGGUGCAAGCAGGAAUAAACUACUUUGGGAUAAAAAGAGCAGAUAGUCACCUUCAAACUGGUUUGUGAUAGUCUCUUUCAAUGCAAAGAGCUGCUUUUAGGGUCCCUGUAUAGGAGAGGAGUGCUUAUCUGUUCUCUCUGCCUGUCUCUUUCAUUCCAUCCUACCCUUUCAGUCUUUUCCUGCCUAUUAAUUAUGUAAACCUGUUUAUUGCCAUUCAAGGCACCUUCCAGUACUGUGGGCUGCUGGGCAAUUACAAGCUCCAAUAGUGUGCUGAGCGCUUCACAGAACACCCAAGUUGCGCAGUCUCUGACAGCAGAUUCUUAGCAAUAUCUGCUAGCAUACAGUAAGCCACUCUGUACCGCCAGCCUCCUUGUGCAUUAAACAGAACCAAAAUGCCAAGGAGGAUUGUGUCCCUCUUUUCUCUCCUCCCCCCCCACCCAAAGUUAGUGAUGGUAGAUGACUCCGCUUGUUGCGGUUAUAUAUUUUAACUCCCACCCCCUUCUCGAACUUUAUGAUGUUAUGACGGAACUCGAAGUGAAGGAAAGGGAGGGGACACACUCCAGCUCCAUAAAGUUUGACUAGAACUCGGGUAUUUGCCUGUGCCUGCCUUUUUUUACCAUUUGGCAAGUUUCCAAUAUACGAAUAGCUAGCUGCAACUUCAGAAGGGAAGCCUUCGCCUUGCCUGAAAAUAUUUUCCUUUCUCCUUUCUUGUAGGCGCAAUUUCGCUCUGUGGUAUCCAAUCGUCGUCUUCCUUCCCAGACAGAAGUCAGCUUGCAAAAGACACCGGGGAAGGCCUCCUCACCACGUGACCUUGGGGGUGCCAAUGUCCUUCCAUGAGGGGGUCAGCCAGAGCCUGGUAGCAGCGCGCGAGAACCUCGGGGAGCCCCAGCGAUGCAGAAAACAACCUACUACGACACCUCCACGCUCUUCGGGGGCUACUCCUAUCAGGGAGCCAAUGGGUUCGGCUACGAGGGCCCUCCGCCGCAGCCUUUCCAGCCUGCGGCUCACGUGGAGAACCACGACUACCAGAGGCCGGCCUGCACCCUCCAGUCCCUGGGCAACGCCUCCCCUCUGGCCAAAACGAAAGACCUGAACGGGAGCUGCAUGCGCCCCAGCCUGCCUCAGGAGCACCAUCCGCCCCCGCCCGUCUCGCCACCCCCCAAUCCUAUCACCGCCACCAACAGCAGCAGCAGCAGCAGCAACGGGGGCGGCAGCAGCAAUAACCACAGCCAGCCUGGGGGGGUCAAAAGCACUCCCAGCAAAUCCAGCCUGGGCUCUAGUAACGCCGCUCUCGCCAAACAGAUUUUCCCCUGGAUGAAAGAGUCGAGGCAAAACUCCAAGCAGAAAAACAGCUCCCCCAGCGCAGAAAGCUGCAGCGGCGAGAAAAGCCCUCCGGGCAACUCGGCUUCCAAGAGAGCCCGCACGGCCUACACCAGCGCCCAGCUCGUCGAGCUGGAGAAGGAAUUCCAUUUCAACCGAUACCUGUGCCGGCCACGACGGGUGGAGAUGGCAAACCUGUUGAACCUCAGCGAGAGGCAGAUCAAGAUCUGGUUCCAGAACCGGAGAAUGAAGUACAAGAAGGAUCAGAAGUCGAAAGGUUUGGGCUCUUCGUCCGGGGGCCCAUCCCCGACGGGGAGCCCCCCGCAAGCCAUGCAGUCCUCGGCGGGCUUCCUGGGCGCCCUGCACCCCAUGACCUCGAACUACGACGCCCCGUCUCCGCCCUCCUUCAGCAAACCCCACCAGAAUGCCUACGCCAUGCCCACUGCCUACCAAAACCCCAUCAAAAGCUGCCCCACCCAACAGAAGUACGCCAACACGGCGCCGCCGGAGUACGACCCGCACGUCUUACAGGGUAAUGGGGGAGGCGGAUACGGGCCCCCCAAUAUGCAAGGCAGCCCCGUGUACGUGGGCGGGAACUACGUGGACUCCAUGCCCAACUCCGCCCCAUCGCUUUACGGGCUGAACCCCCUCCAGCAUCACCAGCCAGCCAGCAUGGAGUACAACGGGGGUCCCACCCAAAUGGGCUCCAACCAGCACCAUGGACCUUGCGAGUCCCACCCGACUUACACAGACCUUUCCACCCACCACGCUUCGACUCAGGGUAGAAUCCAAGAGGCGCCCAAACUGACCCAUCUGUGAUGAGGAGGGGCCAGAUCGGGUGGGGGUGGGAGUUAACAGACAACUGGGACGUGGCGGGGGUGGCUGGCUGGGUUGGAUCGGUUUGUUGGUUGUGUUGGUGAGCGCUUUCUCUCUCUCUUAAAGGAACAAACAAACAAAAAGCAUUUGUGUUGAAACCCUUUAGGAACCCGUCAGAUGUUAUGUGCCCUGCAAAUCGGAAGGGUUACCUUCUGCCUCUUCCUUCCUUCUGCCCCAGCCUACUAUUGUCCCCCACACCCUACAAAAGGAGCAAGCGGGAGUCGAUGUUGAUGGGGGGGGCGGGGUGUUGGCUUUCUAGGGGCAAGGAGCUAAGCCUCUCGCCUGCCGGUCACGUCACUUGAUUUGGGAACCUUUCGGCCAAUCCCAUCCUCAGAACGGGGGUGCAGUGGGGGAGUGGCUUGUGUUUCCAGGGGGGUGGGACAAAAUGCACUCUGCACAUACAGCACAAAGUCCUUGGCAACUUUCGAUUCUGAGCCCUCGUGUUAAAAAGGGGGAAAGUGCGGGGGGGGGAGCAGAUCCCUUGACUGGGCCCUAAAGGACCCUCGUUUCAAGUCCAGCUGAUGGCCAUGACUUAAAUUGAAUGUUGUGAACUCAGUGAGGUUUCUCAGUGAGGAAUCUUCUUUCUUCAGUGGGCAGACUGAAGUGGCAGGGUUCUGGACAGUAGCUUUUCAAACUGCAGAGGUGUGUGUGUGUGGAUCAUUUUUUUAUUAUAGGAUCUUGCCCCCCCCCCAAAAAGUUUAAAACAAAACCCCGCCUGCAGUGAACUAGCACAUAUUCCUGAUGUGCUAGAUUUCUACAUGCAGGGAGUGUAUCUAUCUUAAAUGAGGGAGCAUUUUAAAAUGCAAUUCCCCAUAUGCAGUUUGAAGUGGUGUAGCUCAAGAACUUUGCUAACCCACUUAGUUCUUUUACUGUAGAAUUACUCUUACUGCUCCCAAGUAAAUAUACAUUUUAAGCAUCCUCAGUUGGAAAGACGUUCCACUGAGACCAGCUAGACUUCCAAGCUAGAGCAUUUAUUGUUGUGUGUGUGUUUAUAAGGCUUGUAGCCAAGCAACAGUAGCAAACUUUCACACCACACCCCCACCGCAGAGGAACCCCAAGACUGAGUCCAGCAUGCCACAAAACCAGGGCUCCAAGCCCACCUCUUGAAACCACCCUUUGGUUUGUAACUACCCGGGUGGCAAAGAACUCGCCUCCUCCUCCCCCUUUCAGGAUCAUGGGUGGGUGGAGUGACAAUACCAAAUGUCGUCACUGCCAGUUACUCCCAAUGAAAAAUGUGUGGCCUUGUGUAUAUGCCCUAGGCAGACCAUAAAAAAGCCGGCAGAAUAAUUUAUUGGUAUAAAUUGAUGUAGCUCCUUUCCUUUAAUACAGAUGAAACUGAUUAAAAUAGGUUGCUCAAGAUUAUCCUACAGAUGUCAGUCCUCAAAGCGCUUGCUUUGCAAUAACACUUAUUGAAAGUGUUGGAGUUGAUGGACACAAUUGGGGGCGGAAUGCAUCGCUGCUGCAGAUCAUGGAAAUGGAACUCGCAGACUUUCUGCUCCUUUUUGGCAUUGUGUCCAUAAGAAUACUCUUCCCAGACCUAAACACCAUUUAGGCUGCUCUCUUAUGCAGUAUAUGCUUACCUGGAAGUAAAUCUUAUUGAAUUCACUGGGACUUCUGAGUAGGCGUGUGUAGGAUUGCACCACAAAUUGUAAUAAAAACCCAUGGGGGGGGAGAGAGAAAUACAUUUAUCUCCAAUCUUAGACCACUAAGUAGGUGUUGUAGAGACAAUCAGGUACACAUUUAGAUACAUAGAUAUCAGACAGCAAGGCCAGUUGAUAUUGAGCAAUGAACUUCGGGGGGGGGGCUCACCAGUGAAUUUAACCCCCACUUACAAUACACUUUUCAAAACCUGACAAAUAAAUGGACAAUUCCUGAAGUCAAUACAGUUCAUCCAUUCUCAAUUUGCAUUUUCAACUAAUUUUGGUCCUAGGGUUUCGACACAAAUAUUUUGAAUGCAGAAAAAAUGGGGCUGAUUUUUAUUUAUUUAUUUUGCGGGGUGGGGAGGAAUGGAAGAAUCAAAUGAAACAGUUUAAUUUCUUUUCUUUUUUAAAGGGAAAAACCCACAAAAAACAUGCAUCAUGCACAACCAAUUGUGGUCGUAGUAGAUUGUGAAUACACCAAUUAUUCUUAAAGAAGUCGCUUCCGCCCCCACCCCACAGCUAACCACAAAAGGUUUCUUUGAAAAGAAAAAGUCUAAGACAGGCACCCCCAAACUCGGCCCACCAGAUGUUUUGGGACUGCAAUUCCCAUCAUCCCUGACCACUGGUCCUGUCAGCUAGGGAUGAUGGGAGUUGUAGUCCCAAAACAUCUGGAGGGACGAGUUUGGGGAUGCCUGGUCUAAGACCUUAAGUGGAAAACCGCCUUCCUGAAGUCUUCCAGUCCCUACUCAUCUCCACCACAUACAAAUGGUUGAAUUUUCCCUCCUAAGCUGGCUCUCCUCCCCCUUGACCCCUUUCCUCCGCCCACCCUACAGCCCCAUCAUCUAAAAACACCACCCUUGCCAAUUCUUUAGGGCUACCUGUGCUCCUCUCUUUGAAUUCCCACUACCUCCGUCAAGGGUUGGGGGAGAGAGAGAAAAGCGAGGUGCCCUUUUGCAAACUAAUUUAUACAGCAAAACUUGGCUUAAAAGAGAAAACAGGGUUUUUUUGUGCAAAAUGUACAAGGGGGCGACAUUAUGAAGAAGAAAAAAUAGAGACAUUCAUCUCCUUCCUUCCUCCCUUCCUUGCGAAGUAGUGGCCUCUCCCCAUUUCUUUGGGAUUCGCUAUGGGUCGGGGGAGCGUCACCUCUAAGGCGUAUUGCGUUCCUUUGCGUCUCUUUUCUUGAACGUGAAAACAGGGUAUAUUUGAGCAGAAACUGUUAUGUCCUCCAAACGGAAGCGGAAGGAAAUGGCCCUUUGGGGAGGGGGCGUGUUUCCUGGCGCUUCCUCUUUGGCCUGGCAUCCUUCUUGCACUUAGAGUUUACAUUUUAAUGGGUAUAUAUACCAACUUUUUGAAGGACACCCAUUGGAGACGUCUUUCAAUGGGUGUGUGUGCGCGUGUUCCGGUUGAACAUUCAUAUAUAUAAAUAUAUAUAUAUUAUAUAUUUAUUGGUUAUAGCCAGUUUUAAACUAUUUUUUCCCUUUUGUUGGUUUUGUAUUAUUUAUCCCCAACAUUUAUGUAUUUAUAAGAAAAAAUAUGUACUUUUUUUUUAGUAUUUACUUGUUAUAAAGGAAUAUGGUGUUUUUUCCUUGUCAUUGUACAACCAGUUUUUUUCCCUUUUCUCUUUCUUUUUUUAGUUAUUGUAAUUUAGGGAAAAGCCAGUAGUUACCUUCGUACUUAAAAUAAUGUGUUUAGUUCUACUGGAGGCAUGAAAUCCGAGCCAGGCUGUAAUUGUAUAGUCCUCAGUUAGAAGAACUAGCUAAACCCUUCCUUCCUUUCUCCUCUUCCUCCUCCACCACGCCCUCCUCCUCUUUUUUGAAACAUCUUUCUUUGUUCUUUACAGUAGAUAACUUUAUUUAUUUCCUUAAGGGUUGUCUGUUGAACAAUUCUUGAAUAAACUUUCUGUUCUUAAUUGGCUCUUGUUCCAUUGGUCGGAUUUGAAAACAGGCAGAAGGAAAAAAAAAAAGCUCUGGAGCUGUCAAAUAGGGGAGGGGGUGGAAAAGAGAACAACACAUUUCAUUUCUAAAUUUUUCAGACAUUAACGAGAAAGACAUUUAUCUAUUUCCUCCUCUCCCGCUUCCCCCUUAGGUUAUGACUGUCGCUGCUUUAUUUUUACAGCUUAUAAAAUCAGAGCACUUUCUCCUAGAUGAUUGUGUUUACUUAAAAAGUUAAUCGCUAGGGGGUUCAUUUCUUCUCCAGCUCCCCCGAUCUCCGCCUUGUCUCUGCCCCCCCCCGCCCCGUUUUUCCUUCCACUUUGAAAAUCUUGUUCUAAAUAGUCUCACGCCAAUUAAAAUUACCCCUCAUCUUUUGUGGAUACAAAGAAGUCCGAUCACGUGCCGUCCAGACUAAACAGCCAUUGGGCCUAAAAUGAAAACAAAGGAAAAUGAUUAAUCAUAACAAAAGGCACACACGGGGCUAUCUGGCUGAAAUUAAGAGCGGGUGUGUGUGUGUGUAUGCGGGGGUGGGGGGAAAACCUAUCGUGAAAUUAAAUCGCUAAAUAAAACAAGAAAGGAGUUGAAGGCAGAUGCUGCAGCAGCCGUGGAAAGAGAGAGGGUGGGGGGAGGGGAACGUGCCACAGCGACAGAGAUAAGAUAAAGGCUCUGCUAAUUUGUAUUUUAUGCUCUCAACCCUUAAAAAAACUUAUUUUUACAAGCAGCGCGUUUCCAUAAAACUUUUAUGAUGUUGGAAACCGAAUGUAAACGGCCUGUCAAAUUAGAACGUCACGUUUAUGUGCCUGUAAGAGCGAUUCAGGUCGAAAUGCGAGCUUUGUGGAAGAGAGAGCUCGGGACAGGGCUGGGAAGAGACUCCGCCAUUCUCUGGUUGCCAAGAAUGCCUGCUACCUACUCCUACUGCUACGACGACCAGCCCUGUUGCUGCUCCUUCUCCGGCAGCUCCCACCACCACUCCUACUUUAUUCCAUGCUUUAAAACACUGUGCUCGGUGCUGUACAGAAUGAAAGUCACUCACUCCCCUGGUGCCCUCACGUUCUUUCUGCCUUCCCACCUUGAAGGAGCCUUUGCCAUUUGCUUAAGGGAGGCUUCCUUUGUAUAAGAGGAAGGGGGGGGGGUUGAUUUCUGACUCUACUCUGCCCAGUUGGGGAGUGAGGAAGCACGCUCAUUUCUGGAACCCCUGGAGUUGGGUUUGUGAUGUGGAGACUUGGAACUGAAUUGCAAUACAGGCAAUGGGGGGCUUUAAGAAAUUAGGGGAACUUGUUCAAGGCCUAUGACCUCCAGUUACUGAGGAUUUGGGUUGACCUAUCUAUCCAUCAUUACACUUAUACCAGAAACCCUAGUGCAGAUAAAUUCUUUAGGCACAGGAGGUUGCUGGUCUAAUAGAUGGUACUGACCAUUUUGGUGCUUCUGUGAUACACAUUUGCUGCUCAGGUAUAAUGGGGAACUUGUGAUCCUCCCAAUAUUGUUGGACUACAGUUCCCAUCAGCUCUCACCAUCACACAUGCUAACUCCUAUCAGUUCACAACAUUUGGAAGGCCACAGGUACCUUAUCCCUGCCCUAGGAUAUAAUUGGAUAUAUCCCGUUUUAUCAAAUUGGUACCAGGUUUGUGCAGGAUAUAUAUAAUACACAUUUACUCACAGACUAUCCAGCCCACCACAGACUUCCUGACUGGUAGCACCUCUCCAAACCUAGUGAGAGGCCUUUUUCCAGUUCUGCUCUCUGAAAUACUGUUAUUUCACAAUGUCAGGGAUUAUGGAAUAUGAAGCCCCUAUCACUAAGCCAUAGUCCCUUCAGUCAUUGUCAUAGCCCUGAUCCAUAUGUUGCUAUUGCGGUGGUGAGAUGUUUUCCUUGUAUCCUAACUUUAUGAUACAGAGGUCAUUUCUGUAAUUUGGAAUCAUAUGGACUGGAUUAUCACCAUGGCCUCUUUUCAGCACUUCUAGCCACUUCUGCAAGCUGCUUGUGGGAAGGGACAUUGUGGGAAGGAACCAAAUUGUUUGCAUAGUUCAGCUUUACCUAGGG